CAUGUUUUGGAUAUUGUGGAGGGAAAUAUUAAAGAGGGAACCCAAAUUCCCAGCAGGAGAAGAUUAGAGCAAAGACCACCUACAUGUUCCCUUAGAAUCACAAGAACGGAUGAAAGGGUAUUGGAUUCAGGAUUGGUGGGGUGUGGGCAUGAACUGAAAGCUCGGCGGGAGAAAUGAAGUUCCUCUCUUCCACCACCGCCACCUUCAACGGUGCACAAACCAUUACAUUUGAACCACUCAAUACCUGGACAACCCAUGUCAUCCAUCUCUUCCCCUUAGUAAUCAAAGUAUCCACCUUAUCAAACAACAACAAGAGAAAUGGUUGCAGACUCACUUCCUCUAAGAACCACCUUACCCACCCAAUUCUAUCCUCUUCUUUUUCUUCUCUACCUACAACAACAUCUGCAGCAGCAGCAGCAGCAGCAACGACAGCAACUUCGGAUUUUCUGCCAUUGUCUUCUACCGCAGGUGACCAACAUCACUGGAUAGUUCUCAUGGAGAAACUCCCAGAUGGGCUUCGCUCCAAAUCGGAAAUCAUCAACUACUACGUCAAAACCCUAACUAAGGUUUCGGGAAGCGAAAAGGAAGCUCAAAUGUGUAUUUACGAUGGGUCUUGGGAGACCAAUUUUGGCUUCUGCUGCGAUAUUGAUGAAGAGACUUCUCGUCAGCUCGCUAGUCUACCAGAGGUGUUAUCCGUUAGGCCAGACCCAGAUAUUAACUCUUCUAAAAAAGAUUACAGUUUCUCAGACCUUCAAUUGGGUCGACUAUCCAAUUCAGAAGGUGGAACUUCUCUUUUGUUUCCUGGGGGGAAUUCCAAGUACUGGCUUGUUCGAAUGGAGAAACCAGCCGUUGAAGUUGUUACGAAGGCCCAGAUGGUAGAUUAUUAUGUUCAAAUACUGACAAAAGUUUUGGGGUAUGAGAAGGAUGCUCAAAUGUGUAUAUAUCAUAUUUCUUGGAAAAAUAAUUUUGGAUUCUGUUGUGAACUCAAUGAAGAGUGUGCUCAGGAACUAGCUGGUGUUCCUGGUGUUUCAUUUGUUUUGCCUGAUGUAAAUUUUGAGUCAGAGAACAAGAAUUAUGGAGGUAAUGAAAAAUCAAAGGAGUCAACUGCUACGCUGGACUCUUCAGAUGCCAAUCAGACACCCAGUAUAAAAACAAAAAGGCUUUUUGUUACUGGCCUUUCCUUUUACACAUCAGAGAAAACAUUGCGUGCAGCAUUUGAAAGCUUUGGUGAGCUUGUGGAAGUUAAAAUUAUAAUGGAUAAGAUAUCUAAAAGGUCCAAGGGUUAUGCUUUCAUUGAAUAUACCACAGAAGAAGCAGCAGGUGCUGCAUUAAAAGAGAUGAAUGGCAAGAUCAUCAACGGUUGGAUGAUUGUUGUUGAUGUUGCCAAGGUAAACCCACCAAAAUACAGCAGGGGUCGACCAAGGCCAACCAUCUGAUUUAGGGUGGGAGCAAAUCUGCUAUUAACUUGAUCAACAAAUUUGAGAAAGUGAGAUGAAGUACGGGAGAAUGUGAAGAUUUCCUGGUCCGAGUUUGAAUUUGAAUACUGGAUGCUACUGUAUUUCUUUGUAACUUUAUAGACAUGCUAUUCUUGUCUCUGCCUUGCAUGCACCAUUUCUCAAGAAAAACAGCAUGAGGCGAGGUUGGAAAGAACUUCCAUUAUUUACAGUGCUCUCUAGUCUCUACUGUCUGAAUGAACAAAACUAUCCUGAUGCAUGGAUAAGUUUCUGCGAAAGGGAAUUUGAUAAAUCAAACUGAAAAAACUUGGUGAA